AUGUCGGAGGGAGAAUUGAAAGAAAUCAUCACGAAUUCAGGGUGCAUGCAGAGUUUGGUUAAAAGUGCAGCGGAAUUGUACCUCUCUAAGGAUUUCAUGGAGGAUUGGCUAACUCAGCAGAAUGAUGACAAGCUCUCCUAUCUCGGCGAAUUUGAGGAGAUGCGGGGCCAAACUGUGAAUGUUAUUGGCGCUCUGGAAAGACUACUUACAAAUAGUCUCGAGGCGUGCGAAAACUUCAUCGGUUGUGGUGGGAUGGAAGGUGACUGUAAGGAGAUGCAUGCGUUGGUUGUUGUCAGUGAUAAGACUGAGCCGACUCGAGGUACGAGGAAAAGAGCGGAACGACUGAGGGCCAUUCUGGAGAUUACGAAAGCACACGUGGAUCCAGGUGCAGAUAGGAGGGAUGUAGAUGAGAGAGCCCAACUCACGAAAUCCCCUCUCUAA